AUAGGCCGGUUGGUUUGAUUGACCCCUGCCUCUCAUGUUUUGUCCUCCAUGUUGUGAUGAUGCGUCAUGCCCGCCCUCCUCCCUAGUGAUAGGGUUGCUCACCACUUUUCUCCUGUUCUUCCUGCUCGAUGCCAACAACCCUGCUGGGGUCAUACCUUCAUCUACGUCCUUCAUCUACCUCCUCCUCUAUCUCACACGUCACCAUUUGGAAUCCAAACACUCCCGACUGGAUAUUCCUGGAUAAUCCUGCGUUUGGAUUGGAUAACCCUGCGGUCACCUGGCAUUCACGGACUGUUAUUGGACAACAUGGCAUGGUGGACUUUACCAUUGGACUGUAUUGCUGCUCUGAUGCUGAACUCCUGAACGGCCAUUUUGGUUGUUUUUCAUUUGAUUUUGUUUUGCUUUCCCUGCUGGGAUGAUUAACCUGGGUAUGGUGUCCCUGCGUCUUUGUGCGGGGUUGGCGGGCCGUCGGUCUGGAUUUUGUGCCUGCUCUCUACGCACCCUCUCUGGGUUGACUGUGUCUCAGAUUGAUGAGGAAGUGGCUAAACUGCUAGAGCUGAAGGCUCAGCUGGGAGGAGAUGAAGGCAAACACCAAUUCACGCUCAAGACUGCAAAGGGAACCAGGGACUAUAACCCUAAGCAGAUGGCCAUCAGAGAGAAAGUCUUCAACACCAUCAUCAGCUGUUUCAAACGCCACGGAGCCGAGACCAUCGAUACACCCGUCUUUGAGCUGAAGGAAACGUUGACGGGAAAGUAUGGUGAGGACUCUAAGCUCAUCUACGACCUGAAGGACCAAGGAGGAGAGCUGCUGUCCCUUAGAUAUGAUCUCACUGUGCCUUUCGCCCGUUACCUGGCCAUGAACAAGGUCACCAACAUCAAGCGCUACCACAUCGCCAAGGUCUAUCGCCGUGACAAUCCCGCCAUGACACGCGGCCGCUACAGGGAGUUCUAUCAGUGUGAUUUUGACAUUGCAGGCCAGUACGACCCCAUGAUCCCAGACGCUGAGUGCCUGAAGAUCGUCCACGAGAUCCUGAGUGAGCUGGAGCUGGGAGACUUCCGCAUCAAGGUGAAUGACAGACGUAUUCUGGAUGGAAUGUUUGCAGUGUGUGGAGUUCCGGAUGACAAGUUCCGUACCAUCUGCUCCACAGUGGACAAACUGGACAAGAUGUCGUGGGAGGAUGUGAGGAGUGAAAUGGUGAAGGAGAAGGGUCUGUCUGAGGAAGCAGCCGAUCAGAUCGGACAAUAUGUCAGCUUGCAGGGGGGGAUGGACCUAGCUGAGCGCCUGCUGCAGGAUGCUAAGAUGUCGCAGAGCAAGCAGGCAUGUGCCGGCCUCACAGACAUGAAGCAGCUCUUCAGCUACCUGCAGCUCUUCCAGGUUACAGACAAGGUGGUGUUUGACCUGAGUCUGGCUCGUGGGUUGGACUACUACACGGGUGUGAUUUAUGAGGCCAUUCUGACCCAGACCAGCCCGGUCCCCAUUGCGGCGGCCCAGAACGGGGUGGGUGAGAAGGCAGAGGAAGGCGUGAGCGUGGGCAGCGUGGCGGGCGGCGGGCGCUACGACGGCCUGGUGGGCAUGUUCGACCCUAAGGGCAGGAAGGUGCCGUGUGUGGGGGUCAGCAUCGGCAUCGAGAGGGUCUUCUCCAUCAUGGAGCAGAAGGCUGAGGCAUCGGCGGAGAAGGUGCGCACCACAGAGACUCAGGUCAUGGUGGCGUCGGCACAGAAGAACCUUCUGGAGGAGAGACUCAGACUGACCGCUGAACUGUGGAAUGCUGGGAUCAAGGCAGAGGUGAUGUAUAAGAAGAACCCCAAGCUGCUGAGCCAGCUGCAGCACUGUGAGGACACUGGGAUCCCCCUGGUGGCGAUCCUGGGGGAGCAGGAGCUCAAGGACGGGGUUGUGAAGCUCCGAACGGUCAACAGCCGAGAGGAGGUUGACGUGUCCAGAGCCGAACUAGUGGAGGAGAUCAAGAGAAGGGCCUCAGACGUCUAAGUUAUGGAUUUGCCUGACAACACCCCGCUUCAUCACCCGAUUGGUCCAAAAAGUUGUUUACCACAGGUCUCACCGCUGACCACCCAAAGCCCUCAACAUGCCAACCAAGACAUCAAGUCUCAACUGCGGAAUUUGUCAAGAUUACCCAAUAGUUUCACUUGUCCAGGCCUCGCAUAUUAGUGGUCUCAAAAGGCAGUGGUUUCAUGCAGACUACCCAGACACCUGCGUACCCUCAAGGACGAGGAACUUUGAUAAUGGACAUAAGACAAUAGUAUGACAUGGGUAACAUUGCAAUAAUCACUGUAUUAGCCUUAGUCUGAGCCCUAAAGGUUAAAAUGCCUGUCCUAUCAGAAUGCCAAUAAACUGAUAUUUAACUCUG